GCGGGCCGGGGCGGCGCCGAGCCGGGCCGGAGCAGGGCGCAGGGUGCUGGGCGGCCCGGCUGGGGUCGCGGGGGGGAAGAUGGCGAGCGUGGGGCUGCAGUUCCAGGCGAGCGCCGGGGACGCAGACCCCCAGAGCCGGCCCCUGCUGCUGUUGGGCCAGCUGCAACACCUGCACCGCGUGCCCUGGAGCCACGUCCGCGGGAAGCUGCAGCCCCGGGUCACCGAGGAGCUCUGGCAGGCAGCUCUAGCCACGCUCAACCCCAACCCCACAGACAGCUGUCCCCUCUACCUGAACUGCGCCACAGUGGCAGCUCUGCCUUCCAGGGUGAGCCGGCAUAACAGCCCUUCUGCAGCCCACUUCAUCACCAGGCUUGUGAGAACCUGCCUGCCUCCUGGAACACACCGGUGCAUCCUGAUGGUCUGCGAGCAGCCUGAGGUUUUUGCCUCUGCCUGUGCCCUGGCACGGGCCUUCCCACUCUUCACACACCGCUCAGGGGCAUCCCGGCGCACAGAAAAGAGGACGGUCGUGGUGGAGUUCUUCCUGGUGGGACAAGACAAUGGCCCAGUGGAAGUGUCCACCUUGCAAUGUUUAACCAAUGCCACAGAAGGUGUCCGACUAGCUGCUCGCAUUGUAGACACGCCAUGCAGUGAGAUGAACACAGACAUCUUCCUUGAGGAGAUUAGCCAAGUUGGGAAGGAGCUGGGGAUCACCCCCACCAUCAUCCGCGACGAACAGCUAAAGACCAAAGGGUUUGGAGGAAUCUACGGGGUUGGCAAAGCUGCCAUCCACCCACCCGCUCUGGCCGUCCUCAGCCACACCCCUGAUGGGGCCACACAGACCAUUGCCUGGGUGGGCAAGGGCAUCGUCUAUGACACCGGUGGCCUUAGCAUCAAAGGGAAGACCACUAUGCCAGGGAUGAAGCGAGACUGUGGGGGUGCCGCAGCCAUCCUGGGAGCCUUCAGGGCGGCCAUCAAGCAGGGUUUCAAAGAUAACCUCCACGCUGUGUUCUGCUUGGCUGAGAAUGCGGUAGGACCCAAUGCCACCAGGCCGGAUGACAUUCAUCUUCUGUAUUCAGGAAAGACUGUAGAGAUCAACAACACGGAUGCUGAGGGCAGGCUGGUGCUAGCAGAUGGGGUGUCUUAUGCUUGCAAAGACCUAGGGGCUGACAUCAUCGUGGACAUGGCCACCCUGACAGGAGCACAAGGCAUUGCCACAGGGAAGUACCAUGCAGCCGUGCUCACCAACAGCGCUGAGUGGGAGGCGGCCUGCGUGAAGGCCGGCCGGAAGUGCGGGGACCUGGUCCACCCGCUAGUCUACUGCCCUGAGCUGCACUUCAGCGAGUUCACCUCGGCUGUGGCUGACAUGAAGAACUCGGUGGCGGACCGAGACAACAGCCCCAGCUCCUGUGCCGGUCUCUUCAUUGCUUCACACAUUGGAUUUGACUGGCCUGGGGUCUGGGUCCACCUGGACAUCGCUGCGCCAGUGCAUGCUGGCGAGCGAGCCACAGGCUUUGGGGUGGCUCUCCUACUGGCUCUUUUUGGCCGUGCCUCUGAGGACCCACUGCUGAACCUGGUAUCCCCACUGGACUGUGACGUAGAUGCCCAGGACAGCAACAACAUGGGGCGUGACUCCAAGAGACGCAGGCUCGUGUGAGCACUACUUCCCAGCUGCUGACACAGGGUUCCUUACCUCACUUUGCACUGACUGAUUUUAAGCAAUUGAAAGAUUAACUCUUCAGAUGAGUUUGGCUUCUCCUUCUGCACCCAGUGGUGGUGGGAGUAGGCCAUUCUUUUCUUAGAAGCAGCUUAGGGGGUUUGUGGGGUCUGGAGAAAACUGUCACAGAUCUCAUAGGUCUGCCUCUCUGCAAGCUCUGUCCUUUGUCCUCCACCCUGGUCUUUAGAACCACCUCAGGUCACCCUCUGUGGUGAGUGCACUUCUUGAUACAGGCCCUUACUCUGCUGGGGCUCCCUGGGGUGUCCAGCCAGCCCAUGCCUGGGUAGAUGUGACUGGGUGUUAGGGACCCCAUUCUGUGAAGCAAAAAGAGCCUCACGGCCCCCACCUACACCUCAAUUCACUUGAAGUUGAAUUAAAUAUGGCCAAAACGUC